UGUUGUUCUCAAGGUUCCUAGACUCCUGUUAACUCUUGUUUCGCCUCCAGGCAGGUUGCUUCCUGCUCCUGCUCUCGCCCUGUCACGAUGUGGCUCGCACGCCAUUCCCCCGCUGUCAGCAUCACCAGCCUAGCAGGGUCGACCCGACAAUUUCACCAGCCGACAUUAGUUGUCCACGCCGUAUAUUCCGCUUGAUUACAGUAUAUCAAGUCUGGCAAGGCGUAGCUCAGCAAGUCAUGAUAGUAUCGCAAGGGUUCGUACCGCACAGCACAGUACGUGCCGCGAGACAUGUACAGGCACGUGACGUACCAUAGUACGCAUAGGGAGACAGACCAGAUUGAGUACAGCAAGGCGUAUUGUGUACAGCAAGGCGUAUCAUGUACAGCAAGGCGUAUUAUGUACAGCAAGGCGUAUUAUGUACAGCAAGGUAUAGGAUGAGUCAAGCAAGUCCAGGCAAGGCUUGUGAAAUUGCAUCCAGCAAGCUCCAAGCUGCUCAUCUCCCAAUAUUAGCCAGACGCAGUCAGCCUAUAAAAUCCAGGCCAAAGCCAAAGCAAACCAUCGCACUUUAAUCUGCUCUGCUACUUCCGCCAUCUGCAUCGCUCUCAGGCGCUUCUGAAGUAUAUUCUUUCAUUUGCUCUAUUAGUCUCCCUGCUUCCUCCGUCUGCUGGUCCGCUCGUCCUCUCAACAAUGGCUCCUCGUACUAAUCUCAUCUUCAUCGCCGUCAUCAUCACGCUACAGGCCUCCGCAAUCGUCGCGCAGACGUGCUCGUGCGCCGACUGCGAGACGGUGGCCCCUCCCUGCUACGCCAGCAGGUGGUACGCAUGGUGGAUCAAGGACGACUGCAGCUCCCAGACCCUGUGGAACAACGUCAAGUCAUCCAGCGACGUCCGCAGCAGCGUGUUUGCAGUCUGGGGUCCCGGCACCCCCGGCGCCACCACCAGCUUCCAGAGCUAUGUGCUUAUGGCCGCCAACAACUGGAGGAAGCCCCAGUGCGUGAAGAGCUACCUUCUCGACUGGAUCAAGUGCAAGGCUGCGCCCACGGACUCCGCUGUGCAGUUUUACAACUCCGCGCUCGGAGUUGGCGUGAGCGGGAUCAAGGACGUGAGGAGCAUGAACACGUUCGUGACGGCUGUGAUCAAGAAGAUCGGCCAGAGUGUGUUCAACACGCUGGCUGGGAUGCUCAGGCAGCGCGGGCUGCAGGCCCAUGUGGUGAUGGCGGGCACCUGGUGCUAGAUACCUAAACUGGUGCUAAAUGUGUAAAAAUAUGGUGGAGACAAGGGGACAAGGGGUAAGGGGACAACGGGUAGUUUGCCCUUUUUGGGUGCAUGGAGGGUGAGGUCGCUAAUAUGCUCAAGCAGCACGGUCUGCUCUGCAGGCUCGGGAUGUGAUGGCAAAGACGUACUGCUGGUAUCAUUCUGUUUGUUUCUCACACUGUUGUUCUGAUCGAGCCA